ACCAAUUAAGAAAUUAAAUCUGGUGUACAUAUAUAUAUAAAAUAUAUGGCACAAGAAAAUGGAAAUGGAAAUGGAGUUGAAAAGGCGACACAAAAGCCAAGGGAUCAUUGGGGGAUCGCCGGCUUGGUGGUGAGGGUGUUAGCACUGUUUGGGACGGUGUCGGCGACGGUGGUGAUGGCUAUGAACAAGGAAAAGAAAACCAUUGUGGUGGCCACCAUUGGCACAACUCCCAUCCAAGCAACCCUCACUGCCAAGUUCCAACACACUCCAGCAUUUGUGUUUUUUGUGAUAGCAAAUGGACUUGGGAGCCUUCAUAACUUGCUGAUGUUGGUGACUGAAGUCAUUGGACCAAAGUAUGACUUCAAGUUUAAGGGGAUACGCCUCCUUCUCGUUGCACUUCUAGAUACGGUGAACGUGGCUCUAGUGUCCGGUGGAAUGAGCGCGGCAGCUUUCAUGGGGCAACUUGGGCGAGAUGGGAAUUCCCAUGCAAGGUGGAGCAGAAUUUGUGACAAAUUCAACACCUUUUGUGACCACGGAACCGGCGCCAUUAUUGCUUCUUUCAUUGCUCUCCUGCUUAUGAUCAUCACCACUCUCAUUACUCUCAUCAAACUCCGGAAUCACUCCACCUCAACUUUAACAUGAAAAACCACAUCAUAUAUGCAUGCAUACUCAUAUUUAUAUAUAAAUUACAAACCGUGGGUGUUUACUUAAGUCUGUAAACUAUAUAUAUGUGUGUGUAUUAUUUAUUUGUGAAACUAUAGUGCAUGUGGUAUUGAUGUUAAGUGUUUAAUAUUUGUAGCUGAUGAUGAAAGUUAAGAAUGUUUGACAAUCUUAUUUAUUUAUUUAUUAUGAUCUUAUUUUAUGAAAAAUUA